AAAGGAAGGGGGAGUGUAGAAGAGGGACAGAGGAAAGAGAUGAAUAGAAGGCACCAGAACCACCUACCAUGACCAAGUGCGCUGUAAAUGUAGGACAGAAAUUGGAGUGGAAUACAAACGGAUCAUCAAGCGACAGAUUUGAGGGAAAACCAUGUUUGGAUGUGCCUUGUCUGAAUCUGGUAUUUUUAAGCAUGCUACUACAUGCGAUCAUUGGAACACAGGGAAAGUGUUUUUCCUCCCCACCAUUUCUUGCAUUUUGAAACGGAGAAGGAGAGUGGCAGUAAAAUACAUCCCUGUGCUAUCUUUCUCUGAUUAUCAAUGGUAGGCAUUGCAUAAUUCACCCUCUUUUUUACCGGAGCCGUUUGGUUCCUCCUCUUAAGGAAAAGGGGGGACGCCGGAAAAAAAAAAAACGUCUCCAUCCAGAAGCUGCUGCCUCCUCGGUGGUGCCUGCAAUUGUUUGGCUAUGUCCUUUUCUCUCGUAAGAAGAACUUGCAGCCAGUAGCGGGAGAUCAAGGAUGCAUUUAAAGCUGGAUGUGUGUUGCAUUCAGGGAGAUUCGGCAAUAACAGCGGCUCUAGCAGAAACGGCGAGUGCGGAGGGCCUGGGAAGCACCCAGCCCCACUAUCUCCUCCUUUUCCUCCCCCCCUGCAGGACCAUGCUUGCGUGAGGGAUGAGGCUGUGCACAGGGACACCAGGCCAGAGCUGCGGCCUACUUCUCACAAGAGCCGGUCUUUCGACUGCAAGAUCUGUGAACAUAUUGCCACCAUCAAAUCAGCAUCUUUGGUACGCUGCUCCCCACUUUUUUCCUCCCCAUGCAUUAAAACGCGCGUCUCUCUCUCUCUCUCUCUCUCUCUCUCUCUCUCUCUCUGUAUGCGCGCGUGUGCCUGUGAGUGUAAGUGUAUGUGCGCGUGCUGGCGGCGGGGGGUGAGGAGAGGAGAGGAGGGGAAGGGGUGUCUGUGUUCUCAGCUGUACAUCUGUAGUCAUGGCAACCAGAUCCUGUUAAUGGAUGUCAUUUUUUCCAUCCUCAGCUUCCCUCUCUGCCUCUGCUUUUUUUUUUUUUUUUUGUAUGUGUGUGCGUUGCAUUUCUAUCUCUUCCAUGGACAUGUCUUCCUCAUGUGUACUACCUGUUUUCAUCCUGCCAGCUUGUGAUGCUGCAUUUCUCGAUCCUUUCUCAUCUAAUUGUACAUGCAGCCCAGUUCACAGAUUGGCCUACACUGUGUCAAAAGAUUUUACUCAUUUACCAGAAAUGGCGCCAAAGAGGUAGAUCAUCGGUAAAGCCUUUGCAACGUCAAGAUUUGAUACAUGAAUGAUCAACUUUGCAUUAUUCUGUAAGGAUGACCCUCAGAAGCGUUUCUACCGUCAACCCGUAAGGAUUGUAAUUCUGUAUCAGUCCUUCUAAAGUAAAGGGAUGUGUGCAUAUUUGCAAACCUGGCUGUGUUUUUCUCUCUUUUCUGUGUCCACCAUAGCAGCAGUUUCUCUCCCUCAGUUCUCUACCUUUCACUUCCUGCUUCCUGUGCUCCUCUGCCCAGGUCAUCAGGUAGAUCCAGGAGCAUGAGCAGGACUUUGAGCUGCGGGAGCAGAUGUCUGGGUAUAAGCGCAUGCGGCGGCAGCACCAGAAGCAGCUGAUCGCUCUGGAGAACAGGCUAAAGGCCGAGAUGGAUGAGCACAGGCUCCGGUUGCAGAAGGAAUUAGAAACACAUGCAAACAACACUUACAUUGAGCUGGAACGACUGGCCAAAAGGCACGCUGCUCAAGUUGACAAAGAGGUACAGUUUGGACGGCAGGAGGAAGGGACCACACUUUUUAAGAGAUCAGCGAAGUGUGCUGAUUUGACUUUUUCAAUGUUUCUUCACAGAUGAAGUCAGCGGCAGCAGAAGAGAGGAGGAUUCAGCAACAGAUUGUUGCUCAGCAAAAAAAAGAGCUGACUUCUUUCUUGGAGAGUCAGAAAAAAGAGUACAGGCACUGCAAAGAUAAAAUCAAAGAGGUCAGUAUUAUAAGGAAAUAAGAGCAUUCAAGGAUAAACACUUGUAACAUGAAACUUUAUUUAAAUCAUGUGUACGCCUUUCUAUCUUUAUUUGUGUAUGUGUUAUAGGAGAUGAGUGAAGACCCUUGUAUACCGAAGGAGGAGAAGCAAGAGCGUCUGUCCAGGCACAAAGAAACAAUGCAGCGCUCUCAGGCGGAGGAUGAAGCUCACCUGCUGGCCCAGCAGAGGCUGGUGUACGACCGCAGCUGCAGGGCCCUCAAACGCCGGAGUCUGAUCAGGAGACAUGAGUUUGAACAGGAGCAACUCAGAGAGGUAAUGUCAUCUGAGGGCAGCAGUGGCUCAGUGCUAGAGUUAGUUGUGUCACAGUCAGACAGUUGGUGGUAUAAUCAAGGCUUCUGCAGUCACAUGUUGACGUGUCCUUAGGCAAGCCGAACCCUGAAGUACUCCUGAGUGUCAUAUCCAGUAUAAAUGUAUGAAUGUGUUUGGUUAGUAAUGAUAGGUACUUUACAUUGCAGCCUGGUCCCAUAAUUGUGUGAAUAUGACAUUAAUGGAUGAAUGUGACCUGAGGUAUCAAAGCCCUAUUGAGACAGACCACUAGCAGAUAGCUGCAUAUGUGGCGUUUAUGAUCAAUUUCCUGAUGUAAACACACUGAAGUCAGAGUUUUGGAUGAUCAAACUGUUGCUUCUAGAAGAUGUUCGAGUACACAAACAUCUUUCACACAACAGUUUGGGAUUUUUACUAAGUUUAGAUCCACACCCUCAAAGAAGCAACCUAAAGGGAUAUUCUGGUGUAAAAUUAACUUAGGGUCAAACACACCGUAACACCAAGUUAGACACCCCCUCGAGAGAUGAAUGUUGCCGACCGCUUGCUUCUCUAGUUUUACCAACUUUAGUAACGACCGCAGGAUAGCAAUACACAGCGGUCUGAGGAGCCAUAAACAAACCUCAACUAAAACGUCACUCUAUAGCCACAAUAACGCUCAGAACAGCACCUAACUUCAUCAACAGUACAUAUAGUGUCCCAGCCACAGCACUAGCCACCAAACAUCUUUUUAACUUUGCCUGAUUUCUUUAGCAAAGAGACUAAACACAACUCACCUACUCUCUUCCAGCAGCUACUUGUUUGUAGUGAGACCUCGGGCCAGUCCAUUAAGGACUGCUGCGGGGUGCUGGGACCCUAGAUGUACUGUUGAUGAAGUUAGGUGCUGUUCUGAGCAUUAUUUGUGGCUAUAGAGUGGCUUUUUGGUUGAGGAUUGUUUGUGGCUCCUCAGACCGCUGUGUAUUGCUAUCCUGCGGUCGUUACUAAAGUUGGUAGAACUAGAGAAGCAAGCGGUCGGCAACAUUCGUCUCUCGAGGGGGUGUCUAACUUGGUGUUGCGGUGUGUUUGACCCUAAAUUAAUUUUACCCCGGAAUAUCCCUUUAAAAACACUGACACGGUGGCUGUUUGUACAGCUCACAUACUGAAUGAAACAGCUCAGUCUGUCCAUGUAAAUAAUUUCUACCCUGGUUAAAAGAAGUUAAGUGUCCUUUACCCUGAGAUCCUGAAAGACUCUAACACGAUUUAUUAGAGAUUUAAUAUUGACCUGCAGGUUCAAAGUAGAAAAACAGAAGUGCUAUUUUAUUGGUAAACAUCAUUAUAUUUGCUGGUUUGAUCCGUGUCACUUUGCAUUUUGGAUGAACAACUUUGUUUAAAACCUUCCAGCAUUACUUACUAUUGUUGAUGUACCUUUAGUGAUCUGUACAGGUGUGAAAGAAAACACCUUUACCGAACAAAUUUGGUUAAAAAAUCACAUGCUGUAAAACAAAAGAGGACCAAACACAGAGCUCUGAGGAAUGCCAAAAUAAGCCAGAUACAGAAGUUAUGGCCUUUUAAUGUCAAACUUGAAGUUCAAUGUGAACUGUAUCCUUGUACCAGGAACUAAACAAGAAGAGAACCCAGAAGGAGAUGGAGCAUGCCCUGAUGAUCCGACAGGACGAGUCCACGCAGGACCUGGAGCGAAGGCAGCUACAGAUGCUGCAGAAAUUGCGUAUUGAGCUCAUGCGGUUGCAGCACCAGACUGAGCUGGAGAACCAGGAGGAGUACAACAGCAGGCGGCAGAGAGAACUACACAGAAAACACUCUCUGGAGCAGCGGCAGCAGCCCAGAAACCUCAAGGUGCUACAUCCUUUUUCUCCCUACCGUGUGGUUUUUCACUGAUAUUCAUGUCAUCUUUCCGACAUAUUUGUGGCUACAGUUUGACCUGAAAGUGCUGCAGUUACUGUGCAUCCUCAAUUUUAUUCUUUUCCCUAAUUUUCCUUUGAAAAAAUAUUGAUAGUAAAGUUGUGUUGUUGUUGAGAAUCAAGAGAAAUAGAGCUGGAGAGUUACAUAAGUAACCGUAAAAUUGUAUUUAUCAUUGUGUAAAACUAUUCAGCAUCACUUUGAAGUCAAAAUGAAGCAGUAGCUGAACUGUUUGAACAUAAAACAACAGUGCAUUGAUUUGUCUUUUUACCCCUUUGUAGACUCUGGAGAUGCAGAUCAAGAAACAGUUCCAGGACACUUGUAAGGUGCAGAACAAACAGUACAAGGCUCUGAGGAACCAUCAGCUGGAGGUCUCUCCCAAAGGCGACCAUAAAACCAUCCUGAAGGGCCUAAAAGAGGAGCAGACGCGCAAGCUGGCCAUCCUGGCUGAACAGUACGAGCAGAGCAUCAACGAAAUGAUGGCCUCACAGGCGGUACAGAGAUCCUUUAAUGCCACAGUUUGUUCUCGAAACCUUUUGCAAAAGUUGUUGACCUCAAGUUUUGAACAUGAAACCCAACCUGCGCUUGUUGCCGACGCGUUCGCAACUCAGCUGUGUGUGCUGUUUUUUUGUAGAUGCGAUUAGAUGCGGAGCAGGAAACGGAGUGCCAGGCUCUGAAGCAGCAGCUGAAGCAGGAGAUGGAGCUCCUGGAUGCCUACCAGAAAAAAACCCAGUCACAGAUGGAGACCCAACACGAGCGGGAGCAGCAGAAACUGGAGCAGAAGAUCUCCAUACGUAGAGCGCACCUUGAACAGAAGGUAGGUUUAAGACUGAAGCUGUUUGAAAUGAUUUUGAAUGAACGUAGCGUGAUGUCAUUAGACCUCAUCAUAGGUGUAAAAAAAAGGUAAAAAUCAACUGGUAACGAAAACAAAAAUGCAUAUAUGUCGUUCCUGGUGUCAUUAAUCUCUGCAUAUCCAGGAGCUUUGUGAAAUUUUCUUUUGCAGACCUUUCAAUUGAAAAAAAAAAAACCACUUCACUCUGACACUUACAUAUCAGAAAGUUGCUGUACCUAGUUUCUAACUACUAGGCAACAAGAUUAAACAUGACUCAGCUGCAUUUUAGGCCCUCUGCUCUUUCAAGGCUGUAACCUCAUAGCCCCUUGCUCAUCUAAAACACACUUACACAAAUUUGGACGAUGAAAAAUGUCUCUAUUACUGGAUUGUGGAGGAAGGAAGACACAGUGAAUGAAUUAAAUGAAUGGAAAGACAGGAGCUCUGUAAGAGGGAGUUAGCACUAGAGGCUAAUGUUAAAUGGUAAAAUUUGGGAACUAGCAUGUCUGAUAAUAAGCUGUAAAGUAGAGAACAUGUUCCUCAGUUAAAUCCAUGUUUGGAUACAGUUAUUUAAAAUUUUAUACAGGUGUUCAUGAUCAUCACUGAAUGAAUUCCUAAGACUUUAGUGCCACCACUUGGUUGAUAUGUGUCAUUGUGGGUGAAACGUCUCAAUAUGUGCUGUAAUAUCUUACUGAGUAUCGAUAACCAAGUGCACUUCUAUAAACCCUGUGUUGCGUGCUAAAAUGAUCGUAUUUUAACUGGCUGAAGUCAGAGGUGGAAAAGGUUAUGUAUGUAUGAAUAGAUAUAGCACAGUACAGUAGAGUGAAGGGGUGCAAAGAGGAGAGGUUUGUAUUUGAGGUGGGGUGCUGCUCUUGAAUCUUUGCCAUCAAACAAAGAAUUGCCCAAUAUUACAGAAAGCUGCUCCUUUGGUUUGAAAUGUUUGACGUUUGAAUGUCAAAGACUGUAAAAUACAAGUUUUGAAAGACCAACAGCUCCAAAACAUUCAAGAUCUCCAGUGUAUUUGCAAAAACAAGUCUUUACUAAUGCAUUAAUGCUUGUUUAGUGUCCAUAGAGACAUAACUACAAUCUGACUUUUCGAUUACAGAUUGAAGAGGAACUGGCAGCCCUUCAGAAGGAGCGCACCGAGAAGAUAAAGCACUUGUUGGAGCGUCAGGAUAGAGAAAUGAACACUUUUGACAGUGAAAGUAGAAGCCUGGGCUUCGGCAGCCUGGGGUCUCUGGACUUCCCCAAAGAAGACAACAGAUGAAAGUGGAUUUAUCUCUAGAGGACGACAUAUCCGCGCCGCUUUUCAUGUCCACUCGACCAUUUGUCACACUCACGGUGACAAAGCUGGAUAACUCUAUUCUCUAUUGCUUUUUCUUCUCUCUUAGAUAUCGCAUCUUUGACUGGAGGCGUUCACGUGCAAUGAGAACUUCUUUUGUGAAACUUGAAGGGGGAAAGUCAAACAAAAGACAACAACAUGUCAAUAAAACUCAAACCUAGUCAGUGUAACUCUAAACUUAUGUGUUUCAAAAUAACAGACUCUUUCCUCCAUGCCAUUUCCUCCUUUUUGGUAUGAAUAAAUCAGGAAAUUUUAGUAAAAUUGGCACUUUGAUAUGUUUAAGUAGAAACCCAUCAUGUUCGUAUGAUGCUAAAUGUGUGUGCUACAUGGAGGGACACUGUGGAAUGUGAGCUGCGGACUCCCCCGUGGUGUUAAGCUGCUUUGUCUUUUUUUUUUAAAAUUCAUUUUCUUUUAGUUUCUUUCAAUUAUUUAAUGCUCUGAAUGUGAAUAUUACUGUAUGGGGUCACUGGAUAAAGUCAGAGUUUAUCUCUUUUCUUUUCGCUCAUACUUCCAUAUUGUGCUUAUGCAUACAGUAUACUGUGGUUCCUCACUUUUCUAGGCAACUGUUCUUACCUUUUUAUUUUCAUUUGAUAUGUAGGAUCAAUUGGCGUUAGCUUGAUCAACCCAUUUCUCUUCUCACAACUCAAGAUCCCACUUGGUAAAAACUGCUUAUAAUUGCAUGCACUUUAAGGACAAAUUCAGGUUGUGAAGUGAAGCAUGAAUCUGUCAGAGAUUUUAGCUGUUUGUAAAUAAAAGCAUUUUUUUUUUUGUUUCGUUUCGUUUUAAGCCUAUGGAUACUGGACAUAAGCGCCAUAUUUGAUAUGAUAAUUUCACAAAUGCCUUUCUUUAAGUUGUGCCUGAAGCAGAGUUAAGUUACGUGUUUGUUCUCUCUAUAUUUUAUUUAUUGAUUUACUUUCUGAGGCCGGCACCAUUUUCUUUUGGUUUCAUCUAAACUUGUGAAUCAUUUAAUGUUCACUAAUCAAAGUUCUUGUAAAGGAAAAAUGGUGAGAAUUGUGCUGUAUAACUUUUGAUAUGAAUAUUUGUACAUGAGAAUAUAGCUAGAACAUACAGAGACAUUGGUCUAUUACUGAUAACAGAGCUUAACGAUAAAGAAUUUGCUUCGUUUUGUUUUAUAAUAUAGAGAUAUGGUCAUACAAUAGCUCAAUAUAUUGCUAAGUCGAAUCACUAGACUCUCAGAUUGUAUAAAUGCUGGUGAAUGGAACCACAGACUUCUUAUAUCAGUAAAAUGAUCUUUUGUGGAUCAACGCUUCUGAAAAGCAAACACAACAACAUGUGGGUCCAGAUUGCAUUUGAGUAAUUAGUGUCUAAUGAUCAGAUUUACAUAUUUUUUGCCAUGUUCAUUAUGGUCAUUGAACAGGUUGCACAAUGUUUCCAUUCCUACUGAAUGGAAAGAUAAUUGUUUGGUGCUUAAUUUCUAAUACCACCUUUAGCCUUGUAGUUUUCUGUCUUGGAGAGACGGUUGAUUUUUACAAAAAUGUAAACAUUCUUAGAUCCCCUGAGUCAAAAUGCUGAUAAGUUUUUCAAACACUCAUGACGUAUUUAGGGUACCCCAUGCAGUGAAACCCUCUAAAAUGAAGUAUAUGUAUGAAAAAAUAAAUACUAUUUUAUCACGGGUCAGUUUUUUGAAACAUUGUUUAAUGUGAUGGUCUUGAAUGCAACCCUGUUAUGUUUGGCAGGAUCUUUACCUGUUUUAUUUGAUUUUAUUUUAAAGCCACAACUUGUAUUAAUGUUUGGUCAUUUUCCUCACAGGGCUGCAAGGUGGAAGACGUCCCCUGAAUUAACAAAGUAUUUUAACAGAGGAAUUACAAUGGCAUUGAAUUUCUGAUGGCAAUAUAUGCUCUUGUUUUACACGUAGAAACCUAAAUUCUGAAUUUGUUAUGUUCGACCAGAUGGUGUUCUGAACUUUGACUGGCUCCUCUACAUUUUUCAGCCUUUUACAUUUUAACAAACUUUCUGAAAAUUUGAUGAAAACGUUUCUCAUAUGCAGUACGGCCUUUUGUCUGGUCACACGUAUAACUGAAGCCUUUGCGGACAAAUGGUUCCAUGAAUAAAAGUGCUAUUGGAGUGCUUAAAUGAGGUUUGCCUGAGAGCUUCAGAACAGUUAUGAACCUUACAAUUUGUGUGAAUUUUAUGUUACUACAGAGAUGUAUUUAGUUAGAAUAAAAGGGGACUUUCCUAAACAACCUUACUCACCAUUUCCUGUGCAGUUGAAAGACAAAAUAAAAGAGAUUCUGUUGAAAACUAAAAGGGUCUCGAUCGACA